AUGACGAACAAAGGACAAGAUGUCAAGUUCAAGGUUAACAUGCACUGUGAGGGAUGCGCCGAUACUGUUCGUAAUUGCCUCAGAGGUUUCGAUGGUGUCGAAGAAACUGUCACGAAUAGGGAGAAACACGAGGUGAUUGUCAAGGGCGAAAAUGUGGAUAUUGUGAAGGUAUUGGAGAGGUUGAGGAAGAAAUAUAACAAAAAUGCUGAGCUCAUAAGCCCAGAACUGCCAAAGACCAAGAAAGAAGAAAUGAAGAAGACAGAGAUUCCAGUCAAAACAGUUGUGCUCAAGAUUUUCAUGCACUGCGAGGGUUGUGUGCGUGAUAUCAAGAAGACCAUCUACCAAAUGGAAGGUGUCCUAUCUGUGAAACCGGACAUGGCCGGAGGAACGGUGACUGUCAAGGGGGCCGUCGAGCCGCCGAAGCUCGUGGAGUACAUCAAGAAACAAAUGGGGAAGCACGCGGAGAUCGUGAAGGAGGAAGUGAAGAAGGAUAAGAAAGUCGAGGAGAAGAAGAAAGGCGAAGCGAAGAAGGAUAAGAAAGGCGAGGAGAAGAAACGGGAAGCGAACGAGGACGGUGGCCAUUUGAUUUACUGGGUUCACUGUCCUUCUCGGUGCCCUCAGUGCUGCUGCAUGAAUCACCUCUGUUGUUGCUGCGAGAAUGCUUUCAGCGACGAGGAUGUCCAUUCUUGUUCCGUCAUGUAA